AAAUGUGAGAUUCGUCACAGUGGCGCUCAUAGGCUACAAAAAUAGUAAAGCUUCCAAUAAAUAGCAUAGCAGUGUUGCUGCCACAGUCGAACGAUGAACUCAGCGCUUCGAAAUGCUUACUUUAUUCUCUCUCACUCCUUAAACCCUAAUCCAAACCCUAAAACCUAUCCCCUAAUUCUCUGCUUACAUUCCCUCCAAUUCAUUGCUGUUUCUCGUCUUCCACUGCGGAUCAGCCGUCACCGUUCGACCCGUACUUCUUCAUUCUGUUCCUCUUCCACCAUGGCUGGCACUAACGCCGACACCGACGCCCUUGCCUCAUCUUCUUCGGUGGAGAAGCAAUUCGAGCAUUUCAGAGCUCAACUUCAAGAUUCUGGAAGCUUACGUGACCGCAUUCGAAGUGUGGCUAUGGAGAUCGAGUCCUCCACGAGGUUGAUACAGGCCAGCUUGCUUCUGGUUCAUCAGUCUCGUCUCACUCCUGAGGUUCUUGAGAAGCCAAAAGCGCAGGUUGGUUUAUUGAAGUCGUUCUACAAGCAACUUGCUGAAAUUCUUCGCGAGAGCCCUGGUCUUUACUAUAGGUAUCACGGAGACUGGAGGAGUGAGACACAGACAGCUGUUUCGUUGCUUGCUUUUAUUCAUUGGCUAGAAACGGGAGAACUUCUUCUGCACCCCGAAGCCGAGGAAAAACUUGGGCUAAAUGAAUCUGACUUCAAUUUGGAUGUUGAAGACUAUCUUAUUGGAAUAUGUUUCAUGUCCAAUGAAUUGCCACGAUAUGUUGUCAACCAAGUGACAGUUGGAGACUAUGAUUGUCCAAGAAAGGUGCUCAAGUUUUUUACCGAUCUUCAUGCAGCCUUCCGUAUGCUUAAUCUUCGAAAUGAUUUUCUCCGCAAAAAAUUUGAUGGCAUGAAGUAUGACCUGCGAAGAGUUGAAGAAGUAUACUACGAUGUUAAGAUUCGAGGUCUAUCGACAACGGGUGAUUAAACGAGGAUACAAUCCUUGUCAAUGUUACCAGAACCAGUACACAAAGGAAAAUGGGGCGACAGUCCAUCGUUGUCUUGGUUAUAUCUCAAGGACGUUCUUAGGUAACAAGUUUUGCUUGGUACAAAGAUGGAAAACGAUCCCUUGUAAAAACCCUUACUCUUACCAUGGGGCAUUCUCCAAGAUAAUAGCGAUUAUUACAUAGGGUUUUUUUCUUUUUUAGUCAAGCUUUCAUGUUACUGAGUAGUCAUGUUAUCAAAUCAUUUAUGUUUUAUUAAGAUUUUUUGCAGGUUACAUGAAUGGAUUACAAAGUAAUUCUUCACUA